ACAGUGAGAGUUUCCUCAAAGAGAGGGUCCCAUGAGUAAGGGUGAGCAGGGCGCUGCCAGCACCCUUCUUUGCAGGCCGCGGCCCACCAGGGCCAAUGGGAAAGCAGUGACCUCACCGAACUUAUGUGUCAUACAGCCUGUACCUGGACCAAUGAGGGGUCGGUCCAUGGUCGCGAGGCUACGGAGCAGGAGCCUCUGUACUGGCCACCUUGGGCGGUUGAGACCAACGGGCACCUUCCUGAACCUAACCGCACUGAACCGCACGGCAGAGCUAGACGGGUCGGAGGCAGCUCACCCCAGCGCCCAGCAUGUCUGAGCAAAGGAGCCGCGGAGGUUCUUCUGGUCACCAGAGGCGGAACCGCACCCGAAGCCGCACCCGCAGAGCUGAAUUGACCUUCUCUGUGAGCCACCUGGAGCACCUCCUGCUGGACGGCCACUACACCCAGCGUCUCAGCGCCAACGCACCUGUGUAUCUGGCGGCCAUCAUCCAGUACCUGACGGCCACGAUCCUGGAGCUGGCGGGCAACGAGGCCCAGAAAAUCGGCUGCAGGCGCAUCACCCCGGAGCUGCUGGACAUGGCGAUCCACAACAACGCACUGCUCAGCGGUUUCUUCGAGAACACCACCGUCUCCCAAGUGGCCCCGGGCAGGCGGUAGCUUCCCAACAUGACCUGGGCUCCCCGGGCCUCGGCCCACUCACAGCCCAGGCAGCCCGGGCCUGUCUGGCGCCUUGGGCCAAGUUAUUGAAAAUAAAGUGUUGAAGGAAACCCCUGUGCCUGCUUCAGUCACUCUGUGUGGGAGGUGGUUGGAGGGAUGGGCUGGUGGUGGUGUGUUCCUGGGAGCGGGGGUGGA